AUGCACGAGUCUCUACACCGCGAUCCUCGUGAUGUUGUUUGGAAUAUGCUUGCCAACCCUGAUUAUGCCCUGGAGAUGGAUCCGCAACCUUACCGCGAGUUCGCGACUGAAACAGAUGAGCACCAAUGGCAAGACUUUAUGUCUGGCAACUGGGCUUGGAAUCAAGCAGACAAAAUUUCUGAUGAUCCAGACACCCACAGCUCGACAUUUGUACCUGUGAUUCUUGGCAGCGAUAAAACCACGGUAUCAGUCGCAACCGGGCAGAAUGACUAUUACCCACUGUAUGCAUCAAUCAGAAAUGUUCGCAACAAUGUGCACCGUGCUCACCGUAAUGCAGUUGCUGUAAUUGGAUUUCUAGCCAUGCCAAAGACAACUAAACAACAUGCUAAGACUGCAAAUUUCCACAAUUUCCGUCGCCAACUAUUUCAUUCAUCACUUUCAUACAUACUGAAGAACUUGAAGCCCGCGAUGAUGAAGCCUGAAAUUGCACGCUUUGGUGAUGGUCAUUAUCGUUGUGUUAUCUAUGGACUUGGUCCGUAUAUUGCCAACUAUGAAGAACAAGUGUUGCUCGUGUGUAUAGUCAAAAAUUGGUGUGCUAAAUGUCUUUUGUAUCGCAAGAGUCUUGAUGAUGACAGUCUCCAACGCUCAAGAACACAUACUGAGGCACUAAUAGAAGAGUGCAACCAUUUGGCGCUUUGGGAUGAGUUCGGAAUUGCCGCCCAACUUGUGCCAUUUACCAAUGACUUUCCUCGCACUGAUAUACAUGAACUCAUCGCGCCAGAUCUCCUCCAUCAAAUAAUAAAGGGGGCCUUCAAGGUGUUACGACGUAUGUCGCGUGCGGACUGGGAUGAUCUAACAGUGACGAUCACAACAGUGAUAUCUCGUGCUGAGAGUCCGAGGUCGGCUUCCACAGAAGAGCAGAAGUUGCGUACGUUUGCGGAGGCGAACGAUGAUAGCGGUUUACAGGCAGAAGGGGUCUCAAGUCCUUCUGAAGGUACGGAUCUGAUGUCAAGCAGGUAG